AUGGAAACGAAAAACUGCGGCAAGCAUUCGGAUUAUGAGAGCUCUGAGGAAGACUUUUUCGUUCUUAGUCGAGACGCUCCGGAACUGGACGCGGACGUGCUUGCCGGCGAGUGCGAAGCUGUGGGCGCCUCCGACGAUGACGCUAUGUUUGCAGGACCCUCGUGGGAAGCCAAGACGACGCUUUCUGCAGCAGCUCGAGAGCGGAGACGACGCCGAAGCUGCCGCUUGUUGGGACGUUACGGGCCAACCUGGGCGGACUUGUCACCUGAACGCGGUAGUGCGUGUCCGAGCGUUCACGCCCGAAUCGCAGCCGCAACCGCUUCAGUCGCGCCAGCGCAACCUGUAGACCGCAAUGCACCAGCGGAAGAUUCGUGUACGCCCCGUGGGACAGCGCAAUCAGAAGAAGAACGUGGAACUACGGACGAGUCCGGACGUCGAGUUUAUCCGUCACCGGAGGCGAGUUUAGAGCAGUUGCUACGACGACGACGACGACCGCUACGGACCGAGCCCGACGUCUGCUCGCAACUCGGUUCUGAACGCACCUCGCAGGCGAGUUUCGGACGAAACGCAGCGAGACCUAUGAAUGUUGGUGACAGCUCUAGCGACGAGGAUGUCAAGCUCGUCGCAGAGUAUCCAGCAGAGUCCGUAGAGCAGCAGUCACGAACAACAUCGAAUGAAAAUCCACCGGUAUCGCAAGAGCCGAUGAUCACCGGCCUUUGUCGAGAAAGAGCGAUGAACCGGAGAGGAUCACAGAGCUCGGGAUGCACGGGAACCAGUGGCAACCUGGUUUCUUCCGAGGAAUCUGACGGACGUACACGGGAUAAGCACGCGGAAAAGAGCCUGGUCCACCAUCAAAACCACCAACAACAACAACAACAACACCAGGUUGAUAUCGAGGCAGCGAGUCGCGAUACAGGGCGCAAGACUGCCAGAUCUCGACACAACAAAUCCGGGGAUCGUCGCACGGCCAAAAGCCUUCGCUCCAAUCCAGAAGCCACUCGCCAGGAGACGGUACAUGCACCGCUCAACCGACCUAUUCCUAUACGGAUCAUGAUGCAAGGCAUGGAAGAGCCAAUGUAUUUCACAGUUUUCCCGUACACCAUACUGGAUGAGAUAUUUGCCACAUUUGCCCGGAUGCACGGAUUCGACUGGCACAACGAUCCUCUGCAUUUCUAUCGGGAAGCCGACGCCACCCUCAUAUUGAGCGGUACGCGUACCAUAGACUUGGCACUCCAAGCUGGCGAAACAAUCCGAGCAGUUCUUCGUAGCGGUGAGCUAUCGGCUCCCAUCCAACGGAACGCCUCUACUGCGGUGAAUGCUCUUGCGUCAUCCACGCGGCGCACGACGACCUCUGCGGGAACAGUAACAUGGCUGCGGAUUCGCUAUAGCAGCACGGAAGCGCCUCGUUGCUACGCUUUUGCCAUGCACGGCCCAGAGGCAGCUCCACUUGGUGUCCUAUUCUCUCGCUUCUGCAAAGACGUCGGCAUCUCCGAGAAACAAACACGAUUUCUCGACCCCGACGGUGAGCCGCUCGACCCACAGAGCACAGCAGCCGAGGCGGGGCUUGAGCCAGACGACCUAAUCGAGGCUCGCGUCCACAACGUUCCGUAA